GUCGACUUUCCCCCAGUGACCCAUCCAACCAAAGACGCAUUUCAAGUCAUUAUUUGCAGACGACUCUAGAGGCAUGGUCUAUGAUUGGGAUGCCCACGAGAAACUAUGUUUUCAGCUCUACAUCAACGAGAAGAGGUCCCUCGAGGAUAUCAUGGAGUACCUCAAAAUCCACCAUGACUUUUCGCCCUGCAAACGAGCUUUCCAGACCCAGUUCCGCAAGUGGGAUUUCCCGUCCAAGCAGAACCCGGCGUACAAGAACGGCCGGCUGCGCGCGGAGGAUGGGUUCGAUAUCAAGAAGCGCGAGCUUAUUCGCGUGAGGACGAAGAAUCGGUGGCUUUUGAAGGCUGCGAAUGGGGAGCGGUCCAAGAAGGUGGGGGAUUCGGAGGGGGCGGAUUCGGGUCAGCGGCAAGACGUCCUGAAUGCCCCCGAUGAUGGUUACGGUGGCCAGGGACUGCAGAAUGGGGAGGGUGUCGUGACGCCUGGCACUCUUACGGACCGGGAGAUGCUCGGUUCGCCGCUGCCGGGCGAGGACGAUGACGUCGGCGCGGUAUGGGAGAAGGAGGGUAACGUCAGCAGCAACAACAGGAGGAAGAGGCGGCGGCUGCGAGCCUGGGAGGCCGCAUCGUCCCACGACUUACAACCCUCCAUCGUCCCGCGCUUCCCUUCGGAGACCACGCUCGACGAGGCAAAGGCCAUUCUCAGGCUGGCGACGGACGUGUACCGUCAGGUGCGUGUCACGUUUGCACGGCUGUGCGAGGAGUCUGGCAUCGUCAAGAAGACGGUUGCCGGGCCGGAGAGGUGGGAGGCCGUCAAGGACCGACUUGUGAGGGAGACGCCGCGGCUGAGGGCGGUUAUGUGGGAUGAGGAGUCUGGGGAUGUGACCGGCAACGGCAACGGCAGCAACAUUAACAUCAACGCCCACGAGUCCAAGAAAUUGGCGCUCGAUAUCAUAUGCACAGACAUCACGAAGCGGGCGCGGACGGCGGAGAAGCGGCUCACGCUCGCCGAGGCGAGGAAUAUUCUUGGAGUCAACCCGGAGGAGGCGAGGGAUCUUCGCGCCGCGUUUGAGAGGAUUCUGAGGCGGGAGGGGCUCAGUUGCAAGUCUGAGGCUGGGCCGGCGCAGUGGGGGGAGCUUAAGGCGCAGUGGGAGGCAGGGUCGGAGACGGUGCGGCGGAUUCUUGUUGCGCCGGGAGGAGAAGAAGAUGACAGUGUUCCUUCUGCUGCUCAAGCGCACGCUGAAAAGGUGCGGGCUUUGGAUGUUCUUGCGAGGGACGUGAUGAAGAGGUUGAGGGAUGAUGUCUCGAGGCGGGAGCAGCCGCGGACACGAGGAGUCACGAAACAGACGCAGCUAAGUUGCGACGACACAACACGGCGAGAGGAUGCCCAGGCGAGUCAAGUCCAGGUCCAACCCGCACAGCCAGAGAUGGUUGAUGAGUUGGGAGACCAGGAUGACUUGAGCGGCGGCCAGUACGUUGAUGCUAGCGAGGUAUCCGUACCGCCGUCCAUAGGACUCGUGCCCGGCUCCGGUGGAAGCCAGCAACCGCAGAUGCUCAUGCCCACCGUGUCGAUGCAAGUCCAGGCCGCCGCGGCCGCCGACCCGAUGGGCCAUUCCGCGGCGCGCAUCAUCUCAUCGGCGCUCCUUGGGCAGGCGAACAUGGGGCUGGAGUCUCACCACAUGGGCUCGUCUCUGUUACUAGCAGCCGACGCGCAGGCAGCGUUUGUAGACCAGCAAUACGCGCAGCAAUUUGCUGUAGCUGCCGCCGCGGCGCAGCAGCAACAGCAACCCGUCUUCCACGCGUCGCCGUCACCUCUACCACAACACCCGCGGCCGCCGUCCACGAGCAUAGCCGUCUACCUACGUCUCCACCCCUCGUCUACCUUUGUGGCUACCACGACCAUCUGGAUCGCGACGCUGAGCUCGCAUUCCGUUCAGGAGCUGCGGCACGCGGCGGCGAGUAAGUUCCCCGGAGCGAUAUGUCUCCGGCUGGAGGGGGUGUUGAAGGAUGGCAAGGGCGGGGAGAUGCCGUUGUCGAUUGAGCAGGAUGGGGAGCUUGCUGCGUAUUUGGCACAUGUGAGAGGUGCUGGUGGGGGGCUUGGGACGCCGACGUUUAAUGUGCAGCUUAUUCCCGGGUGGAAGACUUGAGGUUUGGGAGACUAUUGCAAGGUAAGGCAUCAUAGGGAGACUUUCUUCGGAUACCGGGGUGCAUUGUUUUUGUAUAGCGAGGUGCUUUGGAAUUGUAGAACUAGACGUUUGUGCCUCUGUUUCAUUCAAGCGGGAAAGAGAAAAGAAAAGAACACUAUGGGAUAUCCGAAUACUUCCUCACAUAAUCGCAGAAUCUACUGAAUACUACUAUUCACCAUCAUGGAAAUAAGCGCCAAGAUCUCAGGAUCGUAGAAAUUUUGCAGCACUGGCGUAUAUGAUGUUGUAAGACAUCAAAGUUUGAGAAGUUUGUGACUUCCCGCAGAGAGCUGUAAGCCGAUGCCGGUCGUCGAAGUGUAGAAUCGUCGCUGAGGAAAUCGACGGCAGUUGUGUCGGGAGUGUCGGGGCUCAUCCGUGCCGACUUAGUAUG